CGGCGUGUGGAGGAGCAGGAGGUGCGGGACAUGCGUUGGGGCGCUCCGGGGGAGGUCAGCGCCGCUCCGGGUCUUUCCGUCGGGACGGGAACAGAUGAGGAGGACGUUGCUGCCUGAGGGGCCAUCGUUCGGAGCCCGUAACCCGGGAGACCAGGGCCCCCCGUGACAGGAAGAUGGACCUCUGCCCCCGGGCUCCGCCGUCCGAUCGCCAACGCUCCCUCUGCGGCCGCUGAGACGGGAAUACCGCCCGGGAAUACCGCCGUCGAGCCCAAACCCCGCUGUCCGCGACCGGCCCCUUCUUGAAUUCGGCGCGGUCUUGCUGGGAGGACAAUGAGCUCAGGACAGGAGCGUCUGUGCAGAUUUCUCCACUAUGUUGAGGACAGCGGACUGAGAGCCUACGACGGUCUGGUCCUCCAGAAUGCCUCGGACAUCGCCCGCGAGAGCGACCGCCUGAGGAAUGAGACUAACUGGGCGUACCUGCAGGAGAAACACCAGAAGAAGAGAAAACAGGAAGAAGCCAUAAAGAGGAUCGGCGAGGACGUUGCCAGGGGGACGGACGGCACGUAUCCAGGGAAACACUUCCGCAUGGGCUUCAUGACCAUGCCCGCCCCCCAGGACCGGCUGCCCCACCCGUGUGGGACGGGCUUCUCCGUGCGCUCGCAGUCCCUGCACUCCGUCGGGGGCGGGGACGAGGACAGCAGCCCCACCUCCCGAAAACAGCCCCCGCCCAAGCCGCGGAGAGACCCCAGCACCAAGCUGAGCGUCUCCUCGGAGACCGUGUACACUGGGCCUGGCAAACUGGGCAAGGAGCCGGACCGGUCUGACGGGUCGAGGCCCAGCAACGAGGACCUGCGUCGGGUCCCACCCCCCAAACCCAAGCGGAACCCCAACACCCAGCUGAGCACGUCGUUCGACGAGUCGUACAUCCGUAACCACGCCUCGUCGUCCUGCGGCCCCGCCCCGCAGCGGCGGGACACGCCCCCGUCGCACACGCAGAGCCCGGCGCGCGACUCGGAGGAGGACGAGCCCGUGUACAUCGAGAUGGUGGGCAACAUCCUGCGGGAGUUCCGCCGCAGCGAGGAGCAGGAGGAGCCGGGCGAGUCCGUGUACGAGGAGAUGAAGUACCCCUCCUUCGACGAGCACGACUCCGCCCUCCUGCGCUGGGACCUGGCCGGGUGCCCCUCCCACUGCUCCACCCCCACCAUCCCCGACGGGGAGGCGGGGGGGCCGGGCGGGGCGCGGGCGGCCACGCCCCGAGGUUCCCUGUGCGAAAUCCCCUCGCCCUUCCCCAACCUGCUGUCCCACCGGCCCCCCCUGCUGGUGUUCCCCCCGGCCCCCGCCCAGUGCUCCCCGAACUCAGACGAGUCGCCCCUCACCCCCCUGGACGUCACCAAGCUCCCCAUGCUGGAGAACGUGGCCUACAUCAAGGCCGGAGCCUCGCCCACUUCCUCCGGCGAGCCCCAGACCUUGUCCUCCUCCUCGUCCUCCUCCUCGUCCAAUCGGAAGGCGGAGAGGGAGCUCCCGUCCAAUCACACCAUCACGGCCUCGGGCCGCUCCUCGGCCCCGCCCCUCUCCUCGGCGCUUUACAAGUCGUCGUCGUCGUCGUCGCCGGCGACGGCGCACGGCUACCCGCGCAGCCACUCGGCGUGCCCGUCGCCCGUCAGCAUGGGCCGGUCCCUCACGCCGCUCAGCCUGAAGAGGCCGCCGCCCUACGACCCCGCGCUGACCCCCGGCGGGAUCCCGCGCAGCGCGUCCGCCGUGCCGCACUCCGCCAAGGGCCCCGGCGCGCAGGGCGAGGCCGCGGGCCGGCUCUCGGGUUCCAUGCAGAACGUGUCGCGCUCGCGCACGCCCACCAGCCCGCUGGACGAGCUCACCAGCCUGUUCACCACCGGCAGGAACAUGCUGAAGAAGUCCUCCAGCGGCAGGAAGUCCAAGGAGCCGGCCGAGAGCGAAGCCAAGAGCAGGUGUCACAGCGCCGAGCCCAUCCCGCGACGCGACAGCAAGGACAAAGGAAGCCACAACGGCGAACACAGGCGCGACAGCAAAGACAAAUUAAGUCACAACGGCGAACACAGACGCGACAGCAAAGACAAAGGAAGUUACAGCAGCGAACACAGGCGCGACAGCAAAGACAAAGGAAGUCACAGCAACGAACACAGACGCGACAGCAAAGACAAAGGAAGCGAACACAGACGCAACAGCAAAGAGAAAGGAAGUGACAAUGGCGAUCACAGACGCGACAGCAAAGAUAAAGGAAGUUAUAACGGUGAACACAGGCGCGAUAGCAAGGACAAGGGAAGUUAUAACGGUGAACACAGGCGCGAUAGCAAGGACAAGGGAAGUUAUAACGGUGAACACAGGCGCGAUAGCAAGGACAAGGGAAGUUAUAACGGUGAACACAGACGCGACAGCAAAGACAAAGGAAGUUUUAACGGUGAACACAGGCGCGAUAGCAAGGACAAGGGAAGUUACAGCGGCGAACACAGACGCGACAGCAAGGACAGAGGGACCAAUCAUGCAGGAGGACUGGAGUUUGCUAAAGGGCAUGACGCGGAUGAGUUGCCUGGGCAACAGGCAGUGGCCACGCCCACCCAUAUCGUCUACUCCUGCCUCAGUUCCAAUCUGCCUCUCGGGAGUAGCUGCUCUGAACUGAAGCCGAUGAAGCUGGGCCGCUCAGCCUCCACGUCCGGCUCGACCCCGCCCAUGGGUACCCCCCAGCGCCAGGUCCCAGACAUGCAGCAGAGCCAGCAGAUGGCGCUGUUGCCGUGGGCCUGCGGGGACAGCACCAUGAUGGAGACCAUAGAGAAGAAGCGCAGCCUGUGCCGGGAGAUCCGGGCGCGGCGGGGCGGGGCGGAGAGGGGUCUGAGCAAGCAGGAGAGCAUGCCCGUCCUCCCCAGCUGGAGGAAGGCCAACGGCCACAAAAAGCACAGCCCGCCCCCCUACUCCACCCACACCACCGUCUUCUGGGACACUGCCAUCUGAUUGGCUCUCGCCUUCACUGCCACGCACACCCCCCCCCCUACAAAUGCUGGGAGCCAAUCAGAAAGGACAGGGCAACGAGCCGGGUGGGCGGUCCAAUGUAGCAAAUAAAUGAGUCUGAGGGUUUCAGAUCAUCGAUGUUUCUAAUGGCUAUUUAUAUUUCAUAUUUUUCUAUUUGAUCUGAUUCUAUAUAAUCUGCUUAGUAUUAUUAGAUAUUUUCUAAACGAGAACAGAAUAAACAAAAAUGAAACAGAUUAGUGUAGAUUUAGAGGAAUCCGAUGUUUAAUUUUUCUGUUUUCUUACCUUAUUUUAGUAUUAAUGUUGAGAGGAACUUGUAUGUAUCAAUAUCUUGUGGAAAAAAAAUAUAAAAAAAUUAAGUGAUGUCAAGCCAAUUUCAGUGAGGCAUUUCACUGUAUUUUAUACCAAUCUAAAAGAUGGGUUAACUGUGGUGAUCAAGGUAAAAAAAAAAAGCACUAUUUUAAAUGGAGUAUAUUUUGACACCUUGGGUCCCGACCUUGUUGGUUGUGUGUUGAACAUGCAAAGGUGGCAAAUAUUCUGCUGCCAACCUAUGUGAGCCUCAGUGGUGAAACUCAGCGGUGAGCCUCGAUUGUGAUCGUCAUAGGUCAGCCUCAGUUGUGUAACUCAGUGGUGAGCCUCAGCGGUGAAACUCUUCGAUGAGCCUCAGCUGUGGUCUCCGGUUGGCUGAGGCCCAUUUAUUGUUUACCUGAAAAGCCUGACUUUGACCAGAGAAAGUGGUGAUGGGUUUGAGGAGGACUCUACAGUGGGAGAGGCAGGCAGAGGGAGGACAUGCACGGGUCUGCCCUGAUUCAGAAAGAGAUAUCGCCUCCAGAGUGAUCCUAUAGGUGCAAGGAGAAAGACACUGAGAGAGAGAGAAGGAAAGAAGAAAAGAAGAAAAACAGAAAAAGAAAUCAGCAUUGAAAUGUGGCGAAAGGAGAUGUUUUAACCAGCCAAAGUCUGUACGGUAAAGCGGAGGGGGGUUGGAUGAGUGGUGAUAUCUGUCAGCCUCCUUUAACUGCAGCACCAGGGCCAGUGAGAGCUUAUUAAACCAUCACCUUCACUACUCCACGACUCAUCCACUUAUAUGACAUUUUCAAGUACACUGGGCUUUCCCGAGGGUACUUUAAAUACAUUCAUUUAUAUUCAUUUAAUUGACAGUUUAAAGAUGUGCCAGCCAUUUUCUGAGAAAUUGCGUUUCUGUCCUGAUAAACCAUCCCAGGUUGACUGUCUGGUGCCAAUUCAAGGGUCCUGUUAAUACAGGCUGUGGUGCACAGUGGGCACCAGACAAAAAAAAAACUUUUCUUCAAACUACGCUCCCAUACUUACUACUAACCUCCUCUUUUCCUCUUUCUCCAAUCUUCCCCCCAUCCUCAUCUCUAUAUUUCUCUUUUCUUCCUCUUCAUUCCAUUCGUCAAAAAAAAAGCUCACGUAUUGUUAGACUUGUUAGAUAACGACCAGCGGGUACCUAAGGCUGAUUGUGUUGCCUUGGAGACCAGGGUUCACUGUGACUCAAGAGCUGAGUAUCAUUUUGGGUUAAAGGUCAAAGGUCACAGGCACAGACAGUGAAGCUUGCGUUCCAAAUCCACUGGUGAUAAUGGCAGGUGUGGCAUCAUUGAGUAGCUGUGCUGUUGUAGUUUGCCCACAUUUAGUUUUUCAGGGGAAGGGGCAGG